AUGGCGAUUGAUCCACUUCAAAUGGAAGGUUUCCUAAUGGAAAUAGCUCGGUUCGGUCAAUUGCGAAAAGGUUCACCUUUACAGCUGAAUGGACAAUUUCUUUCAUGCUUGUCCGAGCUGAAAUUCGAUGAGAACAAAAAUAAUUUUGUUCACCAUAUUCUUCUCAAGUUAAGUUCAUGUAUGAUUGCUUCCUCAGUUCUUUAUAUUGAGAUAAUAAGAAAACUCAAAAAAUGGCAAGUUUUGAAAAAGUCUUACAACAUUCUUUGA